CUCCCUUUCUUCCACGGAGGCCUCGUGAGAGAACGCCGCUUGUCUUUAAACCGCCGCCCCGCCGCGCGAUCCUUGGGUCACCGCGAUGCCCAGGGAAGACCGAGCCACGUGGAAGUCCAACUACUUCCUCAAGAUCAUCCAACUCCUGGAUGAUUAUCCAAAAUGUUUCAUCGUGGGAGCAGACAAUGUCGGCUCCAAGCAGAUGCAGCAGAUCCGGAUGUCCCUGCGCGGGAAGGCCGUUGUCCUCAUGGGAAAGAACACCAUGAUGCGUAAGGCCAUCCGGGGCCAUCUGGAAAACAACCCUGCUCUGGAAAAGCUGCUGCCUCAUAUCCGUGGAAAUGUGGGCUUUGUGUUCACCAAGGAGGAUUUGACAGAAAUCAGGGAUAUGCUGCUUGCCAACAAGGUACCAGCUGCUGCCCGGGCUGGAGCAAUUGCUCCCUGUGAUGUCAUUGUGCCAGCUCAAAACACUGGCCUGGGUCCCGAAAAGACCUCCUUUUUCCAGGCUUUAGGCAUCACCACCAAAAUCUCCAGAGGCACGAUUGAAAUCUUGAGUGACGUGCAGCUGAUCAAAACUGGAGACAAAGUGGGCGCCAGUGAAGCCACUCUGCUGAACAUGUUGAACAUCUCGCCCUUCUCCUUCGGGCUCAUCAUCCAGCAAGUGUUUGAUAAUGGCAGCAUUUACAACCCGGAAGUUUUGGAUAUCACCGAGGAAACGUUGCACAAACGUUUUCUGGAAGGCGUUCGUAACGUAGCCAGCGUUUGCCUGCAGAUCGGCUAUCCUACUGUUGCUUCUAUACCCCACUCCAUCAUCAAUGGGUACAAGCGAGUCCUGGCUGUGGCUGUGGAGACCAACUACUCUUUCCCACUAGCUGAAAAGGUAAAGGCCUUCCUGGCUGAUCCAUCGGCUUUUGCCGCAGCUGCCCCAGCAGUGACCGAAGCAGCUGUUCCUGCUUCAGCAGCUCCAGUCAAAGAGGAAGUCAAGGAAGAAUCUGAAGAGUCUGAUGAAGACAUGGGCUUUGGUCUCUUUGACUAACCACCUGUCCUAGGUUGAGUAGAGUGGAA